CCCGGAACUGUUUCCAAGGUUUCCUCAGGUUCGGGCGGUGGCGCGACGGCGGGUUUGGGACCCGACCAACCGAGAUCUUCCUAGGAUCGCGAGAGCGCCCCCUUCUCUAGCGGCUUAGGGGACCCAGCGGCCUCGAUGGCUCCGGUGUCGGGUUCGCGGAGCCCUGAGGGGGAGGCCUCGGGCUCCGGGGGAAAGCGUCGCAGUUCGUCGAGGAGCCCUAAACCCAGCAGAUCCGCCCGCUCCCCACGGGGCCGCCGCUCGCGCUCGAGCUCGCGCUCGCACUCGUGCUCUCGGAAUGGUCUCAGCCAUCAGGUGGGCGGCUUCAGUCAGGGGUCGCGAAACCAGUCCUACCGAUCCCGCUCGCGGUCACGCUCCCGGGAGCGGCCCUCUGCGCUGCGGGGCAACCCCUUCGCGUCAGCCUCCUCGACCGCGUAUUAUGGCGGCUACUCGCGCCCCUACGGGAGCGACAAGCCGUGGCCUAGCCUUCUGGACAAGGAGAGGGAGGAGAGCCUGCGGCAGAAGAGAUUAAGUGAGAGAGAGAGGAUUGGAGAAUUGGGUGCUCCUGAAGUAUGGGGACUUUCUCCAAAGAAUCCAGAACCAGACUCUGAUGAACACACACCAGUAGAGGAUGAUGAGCCAAAGAAAAGCACCAGUUCAGCUUCUACUUCAGAAGAAGAAAAGAAGAAGAAGAAGAAGUCUAGUCGUUCGAAAGAAAGGUCCAAGAAAAAGAGAAAGAAAAAGUCCUCUAAAAGAAAACACAAGAGGUAUUCUGAUGACAGCGACAGUGACUCUGACUCUGACUCAGACUCCAGUGAUGAAGAUACAAAAAGAAGAGCAAAGAAAGCCAAGAAAAAGGAAAAGAAGAAGAAACAUAGAUCGAAGAAAUACAAGAAAAAGAAGACUAAGAAGAGUAGAAAAGAUUCCAGUGAUUCAAGCUCUAAAGAGUCCCAGGAAGAGUUUCUGGAGAAUCCCUGGAAGGAUCGAUCAAAGCCUGAAGAACCCUCAGAUUUAAUUGGCCCAGAGGCUCCAAAAACACUUGCCUCUCAGGAUGAUAAACCUUUGAACUAUGGCCAUGCGCUGUUACCUGGUGAGGGUGCAGCUAUGGCUGAAUAUGUAAAAGCGGGGAAACGUAUCCCAAGAAGAGGUGAAAUUGGCUUGACAAGUGAAGAAAUUGCAUCAUUUGAAUGCUCGGGUUAUGUAAUGAGCGGUAGCAGGCAUCGCCGAAUGGAGGCCGUGCGACUGCGGAAAGAGAACCAGAUCUAUAGUGCUGAUGAGAAGAGAGCCCUGGCGUCCUUUAACCAAGAAGAGAGGCGAAAGAGAGAAAACAAGAUUCUGGCCAGUUUUCGAGAGAUGGUAUACAGAAAAACUAAAGGGAAAGAUGACAAAUAAGGAUUUUCUGGUUGUUCAGCAGACAUUUUUAACAAUAAAAGAAAGUCUGGGUUCCAUAUAUACAUACAAAAAGAUUACUAUGAUCUGAAAAAGCUUUACAGUGCUACUGUGCCUUCUAUUUAAUUCUUUCAGUCCUUCAAUAGAAAGCUGCUUAUUGAUAUAAGUUUAGCAAGUUCUUUGGGUUAUUUUUGGAUUGACCAUAAUAACUUUCUGGUUUAAAAAUCCAAAUUACAAAUAAACCAUACUGUACUUUGGGAGGUGACAUUGAGAGAAAGAGUCAGUAAGAUGAGAAACUUAACUCUCACACCAUGGGACAGUGCUACUGUUAGCUCUACGUGAUGCCCAUCCCCCACCCCAACUGAAUUGUGGGAAUUCGUCAUUCCUCUGUGUUGAACGUGUUAUAAAUGGACUUGAUAGAAACAUACAGGAGGCCACUUUUGUUAACAAGGUGAAGGCAUUGCUGAAAAAAGCAAAUCUGGAAUUUGAAAAUCGAAUUGUAUAAUAUAUAGUCUGCCCUGGAAAUAAUGUAUUUUGGUUUUAAUUCCUACCUCUACCCCAAAUCCAACAAACAAGCCAAAAAGCAAACUAACCCACAGACUGAGUUGAAAAUGUGAAUGUUAAUGUUUUAAGUUCUUAAAAGAUUACUUAAAAAUGUUUCUUCAAAUAUAAAAUAUUGGGAAGUGUACUGUUGUGCCAAUGUAAGUACAUUAUUUCCAUCUAAGCUACACUUAGAUCAUUAUUUGAAUACUGGAAAUGAAUGGGAGUCAACUAUGGUUUUAGGAGUUUAAUAGGGAAAAAUAUAUUGAAGCAUUGGUUUUAAUUUAGUUGUUUUAUAAGGAUGAAGUUAAAAUGAUAUUAAACGUAUUUUAAGUCUGUCCUUUAUGUAAUAAGCAUAUUUCAUUUUAAACAUUGUUAAAUGUUCCCAUUUAUUUUUUACAUCUGUCGUUCAGUUUAACUUUGUAUAGAACCACUCACUUUAUCACUUUUUUAUGGCUAUAUUGACUUUUAAGUUUGGGAGAAAUGGAAAAUUCUGGGACUAGCAGUUCGUGAUCUUUUUUCUUCCCAUUAUUUGGUUCAAUUUGAGUUGUCAGGUCACAAGAGUGAAGAGAAAGGGGACAGUGGAAGUUUUGGCUGUUCUUAAGGUUGUUUUGAGCUGUGUUAUUAUGUGUCUAGAAUAAAUCUAAAUUACCUGGGGGGUGGGGAAGUUCUAACUCUGUGGUUAUAAAAUGUCCUCUCUCCCUGUAAUAGUUUAAAGUGUUUUUUUCCAAAGUUUUAAAAUAGGGCAGUCAUAUUUCAAAGUAUAGAUAAAAAGUUUUACUGCUUACCAGAUGUUCUAGGAAAGUGUCUACCUUUAACCCACAACUAAUGAACUAAACCAUCUGGCGUGUAGCAACAUUUAUGACCCCUGAAUCUGAAGUGAUUUCUUUUUAUCAUUGUUGCUGCCUAACCUGAUCAAUACCUUGUUUCCAAAAGGUAAAAGGAAGCUAGAUUCCAAAUUUAUGAAUUAUAACCCAUCUACUUCCCUGUGUAAUAAAACCUAAAUUUAUAGUCCCUAUUUAAGAAUUUUGUUCUCUAAGAACAUUAUUUUUUGUUAUUGGUUCCUAGAGACUGAGUUUACACUCUUACUUUCAGUAGGCAAAGCUGUUUAAGUGCAACAACUCUGCGAUAUAGGAUUAUUGUGGGUUUUUAUUGGAUUCUCCUAUGUCCUCCACAGAGGAGAUAUUCAGUAAAUGAAAGAAAACAUAAUAUAUUUCAGAACUUUGUCAUUUCUUUCAUCAGGGUUUAUUCAGGAAAAAUCUGCCAAAGAACAGCUUCAGUAGCAUGUUCUUUGGGAAAGAGGAAGGUAGAAUAAAAGGGCUAAAAGUAUUUUAUUUUGAGCUCAUGGGAGUUACUGCUUCAAACUGUGUUGAGUCGUCUGAGCCAUAAGUCCAAUAGGAGGGCUGUUGUAUUUGAAUAUAUGUUUUGUUCUUCAGGAAGACUUACCUAGUUUUCCACCUCCUUGCCUGUUGUUCAGAUAAGAUUUUCCCAUCUUUUAUGUUUAUUGCACAAAUGUAACAGUUAAAAAAAGAAGAUAGAAAAAUUACCCACAGUCUUACCACAUCAGUUGUCUUUAGUAUUCUGUGUUCCCUUCCAGUGUUUGUCUGCAUAAAUAUGUAUUUGACAUACCUGUAAGUAAUCACCCAUAAUGUAAUCUUGUCUUUGGUGUUUUAAACCUUUGCAGUCAGGCAAGACAGCCUCACAGGGAUGGUAGGAACAAGUGAUGAUCUGGUGUGAGGAUGGAAAGAAGACCAGAAAUAAGUAAGGGUGGCAAUCAGAGCUUCCCUGUUUGAUUGCCUCCUAUCUUGAAGCCACCCUGCUGCCAUCACGGUUGUGAUGCUGUGUGGUACGCAGCGCACCCAGUUUCAGAGUAUUGGAGUGUAUUAGUUACAGUAAGGCUUAACUCACAGUAAGUGAAGGGGUCUGAGAGUAGGGAAAUCUUUAGACUGGUUAUAUUAUGAGCUGUAGAGCUGUUGCCAUUUUUCUUUUCCCCAGUUAUGCCCAUUAAAGAGGUGUGUCUACUAGAGAAUUAGGCUCAAACGGGGAACAAGCAGCCAAGUAUCACUCUCAGUUUAGUGUGACAGGUGAAUUUUAGCAAAUCUCUAAACUUGGCUUCUGUACCUGUAAGACUCAAGUGAUGUAGACAGUGAUGGGAAAAACCAUUUAGAAAUGGAAAACAACUUACUGGUUACUCUGCUAAUGUGAUGGAAGUUGCCAAAUGGAAAAUGAAUGAAUGCAAAAAAAAAUACAGCUGGAUUGUUUGCCACAAGUUUAUUAUUCAAUAAAUAUUCUGUGGUUUGAUGUGCA